AUGAAUAUUGUUAUGAACGACCAGUCUCAGGAUGGCCCGAGCAGGUCAAAACAAAGUAAGAUCGUGAGAGACCCGGCCUAUUAUUGUGCAAAAGACAUGACUAUCCAGAUCGGAACAGCAAAUUCGUUAGCACAGACAGGGUGGUAUUACGAACAUUUCACACGUAUGGACGCAGUACGUUUACUACAGAAGGAACCAGAAGGGACUUUUCUAAUCAGGGACAGCUCCGAUUCUAGGUAUUUAUAUUCUCUAAGUGUCAAAACAGGUAGGGAUGCUACCAGUGCGAGGAUUCUUUACCACAAAGGCAAGUUUCAGAUGGACUGUAACGAAAAUAUUCGUGCAAAGAUGCCGACAUUCGACAGUGCAGUUGGUUUGGUGGACUUCUACGCUCGUAUGACACAGAUGGGGAAAAGUAAUGCAGGUAGAUGGCUAGAAAACUCGGGGAAAAGUGACUUGCCGAUAGUAUUGCAGAAACCCAAGCUGAAUUGCGUCUCGGGUCUAAGACAUCUGUGUCGUUUGUCAAUAAACAGAAAUCUACCGAAAACCCUGAGCAAGACAAAAGUAUUGAACAGCAUGGAUAAGUUACCCAUCCCUAGGCCCCUCAAAAGCUACCUGAAGGAAUAUCCGUACAUUAAUUAACUUCUGGUGUCCAAACACCGCAUAUUCCCAAUGUGAAAACUACAUCAUAUUUGGGAUUGACAUAGU